AUGGAGCCAGGCAGCGGCGGUGGUAGUGAUUCUGUAGCGCCAACAGUGGACGGUGGAGACCGGUGGGAAUUGCGGCGGACGGUGGGGGGCGUUGGGGAAAGAGAGGAAGCGUAUUCAGGUGACUAUGUUCAAAACAAGUCUGUUACGCCGCCUCUGGCCGUUGAAGAGAGAGAAAGUACGGCUCAAGAACAAUCUCCAGAGAAGGGAGAGAUUUCCAAAACUUCGACGAAUGGAUCCGGUGUCUUACCAUUUUCAAACGAAACUGAUACUCGACUGUUAAAUCCGAGGAUAAUUAAAAAACUCAGCAAUAUGGAGAGGCUUGAGGCCAAACUUCAGCAAGCUCGAACAACAAUUAGAGAUUCACAUAUGAGAAAUCGAAGUCAAGAUCCAGACUACGUUCCAGACGGUCCAAUAUACUUGAAUCCUAAAGCCUUUCACAGCAUAUACUCCAUGGAGGGAGGUUUUAUUUAUCGCUCGGAGAUUUCCAAGUUUAGGACUAGAAAUCCUGAAAACGCGCACAUUUACUUCCUUCCAUUCAGCGUGGCAUCCAUAGUUCACUUUAUUUAUGAUAGAGGUGCUCUCAAUCAUUGGCGUCCGAUGAAACAAACUGUCAGCGACUACAUUCAUCUUCUCGCUGGAAAAUAUCCCUAUUGGAAUCGUAGCCUUGGAGCCGAUCAUUUCAUGCUUGCUUGCCACGAUUGGGGGCCAGAGCUUUCUAAGUCCGUUCCAGAACUAUUUAGCAACUCAGUUCGAGCUUUAUGCAAUGCAAAUACCUCAGAAGGAUUCGACCCCUCAAAAGAUGUGUCGAUUCCAGAGAUUAAUUUACCCGGUGGUAGAAUGAAUGGCUUGAUUGGCGGUCCGUCCCCAUCAAGACGAACAAUUUUGGUUUUCUUUGCUGGAGGACUUCAUGGCCCUAUUAGGCCGAUUCUUCUCGAACACUGGGAACACAAAGAUGACGAAGAUGUUCAGAUUCAUAGGUACCUACCAAAGAGUGUAUCAUACUCUGAAAUGAUGAGAAAAAGCAAGUACUGUAUUUGUCCUAGUGGUUACGAAGUAGCCAGCCCAAGAAUGGUCGAGGCGCUAUAUACUGGUUGCGUUCCCGUUAUUAUAAAAGAUCACUAUGUUGCUCCGUUCAGUGACGUGUUGAACUGGAAAUCGUUCGCUGUUGAAAUUCCCGUGGUGGAGAUUCCGAACCUGAAGAAAAUUCUGACUGGAAUUUCGAAGAGACAGUAUAUAAGAAUGCAAAGACGAGGAAUACAAGCGAGGAGGCAUUUUGAGGUUAAUUCACCUCCAAGGCGAUACGAUGUUUUUCACAUGAUACUUCAUUCCAUCUGGCUCAGAAGGCUCAAUGUUCGACUGCAUGGUGUCAAGGAUUCUUGA